AUGGAAUACGAUACAGAUACCAUCUAUACGAAGGUUCAAACCUUUUGCCAAAAUAUGCAAACCCCAAGAACUUUGGAGGAGCUUAUGAAAGACAUUCAUUGCUAUGAUGAAAAUUUACUCCAAGACUGCAUCAAGAGGUUACCCUCAACCAAUGGCAUUUAUAAUGAAGAGGACCUGGCACUUUUUAUUGAUAAGCUUCACCAGUACAAUGAAAUAAAAGACAUUGGACAGAUCUUGUUGGGGAAACUUGCUGAGGUUGAAGGUGUCCUAGUAAAAGAUUUAUAUGAUAGAUUUGGCUUAGACAUGGAAGACUAA